AAUAAACACCAAUCAGAAUGAAGCAUUGAACCUAGUACUCAUUUGAUUGGUUCUAAUUGAUAUAUAAUUUCAUUCUUUUUCAUAUGAUUGUUCAUCAUAAUAAUUGGCUACAGUAAUUGGUAUUACGCGAUUUAAAUAAGAUUCAAAAUUGUUUUUACGAAUUUUCCGGCAUUUAAAAAAUGUCAAUAUGAGUAAGAUUCUUCAGAGUUCUGGUGGUGUUCAAAGGAGCGACGUUUAUAUAUCAUUCUUAGUAGUAGGUAGAUCAGCAUUAUGUGAACAUCUAUCGGAUGGACUUCACAAGAGAGCGAAGGAAAAAAACUGGUACAUAGAAGUACACAAAUGCGAAUCCAUAUCAGAAGUGUUGGAGAACAACAUUUCUAUGUGCAUUGAUUUCAUCAUCUUUGUAUUUGACUCAUUAAUGUCUGCAUCGAUAGACUGGAUCGAGACAAAUAUAGGUCUAAUAGAUGAACAUUUCAUAAUAUCUGGUGCUUGUUGUUUGGUGCAUGAUAACAGCACAUUAGAUAUAAUGAGUUUUGUAUUUCAUAAUUUAAAAGAAAUACGCAAGAAAUAUAACAUUCGAUUUUUAUCUGCCAAGAUUUCUGAUCCUAAUAGAUUUAAUGAAUUAGAAAACAGAAUAUUAGCUUUAGCAUCGACAGUGUUAGGAUUAGAAAGUCAAAUACCUACAGUAAUAAAUACGCCUUGGAAUAAUUACAGCAUUGAUUGAAUAAUAUUGUAUAUCUACAUAUAUCUAUACAUUCGUUUCUACGUGUUUUAUAAUAUAACCUCUUUUAAUGGCAUGAUUUCAAUCUGUUUUACUAAGUUUUCUGUCAUUGGAUAUUGAAUUUUUAUUUGCAGAACAGUACCAUCUAGUGGACUCAUCCAUGUACUAGCAUGAUAACCAAUCGGAUCGAAAUAAAAUUGGUAAAAUGUUUACCAACUGAAUAAAUGAUAAUUUAUGUUAAUAAUUUCUAAGAUUCAACGUGCACAUUCUGUAUAAAAUUUAUUCAAGUUGAUUUUAUGACGAAUGUUACCAUACAUUUGAUGUUACAAUUUCUAUUCGUGCUUGUUUAUCAACGUUAUAACAUAAAUUUAAAAUCUUAAGUGUUAUUCAAUAAUUAAAUAAAAAAACAAGUGAUUGCCGUCCACAUUGUUUAUGAAUAUAUA